AGUGGAGGGAGGACAAACCUCUUCACUUCCCGAUCGCUUUCGACGUCGGCAGAGGAAGAAGGCGAACCAUGAAGUUCAAAGCAUUCCUCACCCUCGACGGCGUCCAUCUCCUCGACAAGCGUUUCCUCCCCGCUCUCGACAAGCUCGGCCGGAUCUGCCAUGUCUACCUCACCCCCGACCACGCCAUGUUCCUCCACAACCUCCUCGGCGGCGGUGGAGUCCAGUCCGUCGCCCAGUUCGACAAGGACGUCCUCUUCCGCGACUAUCGCAUCUCCAGCCAGAACGCCGGCCGGAUCGCCUUCGCAGUGGACGCUGCCCUCCUCCACCGCGCCCUCCGCAGCGCCCUCACCAUCCAGGAGCAGGCCCGCGACGAGACCGCCGCCAUCCAGAUCAAGCUCGUCAAGAAGCUCCCCGCUGGCUCCCGCAACCCUGCCCCCUUCCUCACCUUUGAGACCAAAGGGAGGGUUUCCGCCGUUGUGCAGGACGUGCCCAUCUCCAAGCCCCUUUCCCGGUCCGACGUGCUUCAGAUCCAGUCGGCCUUGGAUGCUUCUCAAGAUCUGCCCCAGACUUUGGUUCAGGUCCCUGAUCUCGCUCAGCUCCAAAGCUUGGUGGACCGUCUCAAGUAUGUCGGUGAUGUUCUCACUGUCUCGAUCGCACAGUAUGGCGAUCUUCACCUGCAGGUUUCUACUUCCCUUGUCACAGUAGGGUCUGAAUUAAGGAAACUGAGAGUCCUAGGUGUUCGAGCUGACCCCCCCAUUGGUGACCAAAACUUAAGCGCUUUGGCACGCACAGAACUGGCAAUUCAGAGAGGAGGAGCGCUUUCUGUGCAAGUGAGCCUGAAACACCUUGCCAGGAGUUUGCAUUGUCACUUGGCUAAGCCAGACUGUGCUUUCUAUGGCAUUGCUCCACAGGGUGCUUGCUUGACAGUGAUAUUCCAGUUCUUCAUCCGAGGCACUCGGCUGUCAGAUAAAUCCAUCAGCUUCUAUUGCAGACUUCCAGUCCUCGAUCCAGGCUCAAACUAAGAAAUGCAUAAGCAGAUGCAUGUUUACAUUUGCUUAUGUGCCAGCAUGUUCUUGUAGUUAGAGAUUGAAACUUUGACAAAUAAGCUUCUAUCUCAGACUUCCGGUCCUUGAUCCAGGCUCAAACUAAGAAAUGUAUGACAUUAUCAAUACACCAGUGAAGGUUCUAAACAGGUGCAAGUUUACAUUUUGUUAAGCGCCACCAUGUUCUUGUUGUUAAAGAUUGAAAGUUUGGCAAAUAAUUCAUUUCAUUUUCUCUCUUAAA